AUGGAGCUCACGUCGCGCUCGAUGACGACCGCUCGAGGCUUGUCCGCGAGGACCACUCGGGGCGCCUCGAACCGCCGCGUGCAAGUGCAAGUGCGCGCCGAGGCGAAAAAGUUGACCUUUGACAUGGCGUCCAGGCGCAAGAUUCAAGCCGGCAUCGACAAGCUCGCCGAUGCGGUCGGCGUCACACUCGGCCCGCGCGGGCGUAACGUCGUGCUGGAAGAGAAGUUUGGCAUGCCGCAGGUUAUCAACGACGGCGUGACUAUCGCUCGCGCCAUUGAGUUGCCCGAUCCGGUUGAAAACGCCGGCGCGCAGCUCAUCAAGGAGGUUGCUGGCCGCACGAACGACUCCGCUGGUGAUGGUACCACGACUGCUUCCGUGCUCGCUCGCGAAAUGAUCAAGUACGGCUUGCAAUCCGUUGCCGCUGGCGCCAACCCAGUGACAGUGAAGCGCGGCAUGGACAAGACGUCGGAGUUCUGCCGCAAAAAGCUCGACGAGCUCACGAUCCCGGUUCGCAACGCGGCUGAUAUCAGGGCUGUUGCGUCUAUUUCCGCCGGUAACAACGAAGAAAUCGGUAACAUGAUUGCGGAAGCGAUCGAAAAGGUUGGACCGGAUGGCGUCUUGUCCAUCGAAACCGGCUCUGGCUUGGAAACCGUCGUCGAAGUCGAGGAAGGUAUGGAAAUCGAUCGCGGUUACAUCUCUCCGCAAUUUGUCAACGACAAUGAACGUCUCAUGGUCGAGUACGAAGGCUGCAGAAUUUUGAUCACGGAUGAAAAGAUCGAACAAGUUCAGAUGCUCGUUCCACUCCUUGAAGAGGUGUCCCAAGCCGGCUCCCCGCCGCUGCUGAUCAUCGCCGAGGACAUCACCGGCGAGGCCCUUGCCACGUUGGUGGUGAACAAGAUGCGUGGCGUCCUUAAGGUUGCCGCAAUCAAGGCUCCUGGCUUCGGUGAGCGUCGUAAGGCCCUCUUGCAAGACAUUGCCAUUGUCACGGGCGCGCAGUACAUCGCCAAGGACCUCGGUCUGUCCGUCCAACGCGCCACCAUGGAUAGUCUUGGCUACGCCCGUAAGGUGAGCAUCGCCCAAACCACGACGACGUUGAUUGCCGACGGCGCCUCCAAGGAAGACAUUGACAUGCGCGUCGCUCAACUCAAGCAAGAGCUCGCCGAGACGGACUCGGUGUACGAUACCGAAAAGCUUUCAGAGCGCAUCGCCAAGCUCGCUGGCGGUGUUGCCGUUAUCAAGGUUGGCGCUGCGACUGAGACUGAGAUGGAGGAGCGCAAGCUUCGUAUUGAAGAUGCCAAGAACGCCACCUUCGCGGCGGUUGAAGAAGGCAUCGUCCCCGGUGGUGGUGCUGCGUUGGUGCACUUGAGCAAGAUGAUCGAUGAGUUCAUCCCGACUCUCACGAGCGCGGAAGAGCGAUUGGGUGCGGAAAUCGUGCAAAAGGCGCUCUUGGCGCCGUGCCGACUCAUCGGUAACAAUGCUGGCGUGGAAGGUGAUGUCAUUGUGCAACACGUUAUGGAAGGGGAUUUCAACUACGGCUACGAUGCCAUGGUUGGCGAGUACGGGGACUUGAUCGAGAAGGGCGUGAUUGAUCCGAAGAAGGUGACGCGCUCUGGCGUUCAGAACUCCUGCUCUAUUGCGGGUAUGGUGCUCACGACGCAAGCGGUCAUCACUGAGAUCCCGAAGAAGAAGAGGGCCAUCGGCGCCAACGCUGGGCCCAUGGCUGAUGAGGAAGGCAACUUCUCCCUCUAG